AUGGCUACAGAACAACCACCUACAGACACUCCUACGGCGAGCUCCACUGCACCGGUCGCUCCUGCGGCCGUACCAGUGCCAACAGCGCCAACGGAUGCUGCCCCUGGAACGACGUCUGGAGCUGCUCCUGAGACCGUCGACAGCGAUGGCACGCCAGUCGCGCUCAAAGAGCUAGUCCUUGGCUUUGAGUCGUACAACUUUAGCGGAGACGAUGCGUUCCGGACCGGCCUGCCAGCAGUGAUCAAGGCGCUGAAGGGUGGCCGGAAAUCAACGGCGGCGGACAUCGACGACAUUAUUGCUCGGGCGCAGUGGUUCUACUACACCAGGCUGAAGGGUUCUGCGGUCCCCUUUGAGACUUACCUCAAGAUCCGCACACACGAGACCGAGAGCCGGCCCAUGAAAAGCCCUAUGGUCUCGACCUCGGCGCUGCCCACCGAGCCAGAGGCCCCAGCGUACAGCGAGGGCUCCAUCUCCGUGACGGCUGCGCCUCCGACGCCGCCCACUGGGCAUCUGGCACGCGCACCGGAUGAGAUGACGUUCAACGACGUGGUCCGCCUCAUUGCGGCUGGACGCGCAGGCGAAGUCCCUACCCAGGACAUCCCGGACGGAAUUAACGAGGCAGCGCCGAGUGUGAGCACUAUGAGUGCCCGUCCCAAGCCAUGGGAGUCAAGCGGAGAGGCUACAGCAGUGGACUCUGCUGUCGAGAGUGCGACGCACGACCAUGGAACAGCACCGGAUGGCAGCUCCGCGGCGCCUCCAGCGUACUGA